AUGACUCGAUCGCUUAAACACUAUUUUAUCGAGAAUACCGAGGAUGGGGAGGACGAUAACGAAGCAGCCGAAGAAGAGAAGAAUGUCGAGGGUGAGGGGGAAUCUCAAAUAGACGAUAAAGAUGCAGUCCCAAGCGAGGGUGAGGAUGUUGGAGUAAACGAGAAUGAGAAUGAAGAUCCAGAGGCAGUGGAACAUCAAGUAGAAACCGAGGAAACUGAGGAAGUCAGUACUGACAGUAAUAAUAUGGAAAAUGGUGAAGAGACUGCGGACGUGGAAGAGAAGUCGGACGAGGAAGAGAAGGCGAACGAGGCAGAGAAGGUGGACGAGGAAGUGAAGGCGGACGAGGAAGAGAAGGCGGGCGAGGAAGAGAAGUUAGAGGAGGAGGAUGAAAAGAAGGAGAAGGAGGAGGAGGAUGACGAGGAUGAUGAAAAGAAAGAGUCAGUAGGAAUCCCACCUACGGAAAAUGGCGAAGAGGCACUUGGUGAGGUUGAGCUUGCGGAAGCAGAAGCAGACGCCGAGGCUCUUCCGGAGGAUGACGAUGCCGAUGCGGAGGAAGACGAUGUCGAUCCAGAGGAAGUCGAAGUCGAUCCGAAGGAUGAGGAGGCUGGCGCAGAGAACGAGCAACCGGACAAUGAGGAGGAAAAUGAAGAAAAGGCGGAACCGAGUACCGCCGAUUCCGGCGUGGGCGAUACGCCAAACGAUGAAGAGCAGGUGACAAUCGGCGAGCAACCCGUUCAGGAAGAGGUGGCAAUCCAGGAGCGCGAGCCGGCUGACAAGGAUAAAGAAGAAGAGAAGGUGGCGGUGGAGGAAGAGGAGAAGGAAGAAGACAAGGGAGGAGAUGGUAUGGCAGUGGACGACGAGGCAGCCGAGCUCGUGGAGAACGGCAACAUGGAGCAGUUGGCGGCACUAGUGCUAAGCGGCGAGGGUUACAGAAUCGUAGGACGACACUCCAGUAAUUCCGAGCUACAGACGUUCAUCGAUAACGUGCCCCUAUACAUGGAUGUCAAAGCUAUCAUAUAA